AGGACCUAGUAAGAUGGCAAACUUGUGCCCAAUCAUUUUGCUGUUUAAUGAUAUCAGUGAUACUGCAUCUUUAAUAGUGUACCGUAUUUCCUCUAAUAAGUACCCGGGCGAUUAUUCAUUUCAAAACGGUCGCAGACCUGGCGCUUAUUGGAGACCCGACCUUUUUUUUUUUUUUUUUUUUUUUUGAGACCGGUAGUGAUAUAAAGGGACCCGUACAUUUCAAAAGUUGUUGUUGUUGUUGUUUUUGUUUGUUUGUUUGCUUUUUGUUUUUUUCAGCUGUCUUACAAAGAGUUACAGACCCGGCGCUUAUUUGAGGCCCAGCGUUUAUUAGAUGAAAUGCGGUAUAUGUGUAUUUCGUCAGUUUUCCAUCUCUUCUGUACAGGAUAAAAGUGAUACAUGAGCCGACGACCAGGAACCCGUCAAGUGACACUUACUCCCAGAGAUGAUCGAGGACUCACAGGAAGAGACAAGGAAGAUUUGAAAAUAACUAUUUCCGAUUCUGGUAGCGAUGGUGCUACCAAUAAUGAUUCUUCAGGACAAGCUGAUGAUCAUACUGUGAAACCGCCAACCGGCCAGUGGAAAACUGUAAAGGGUAGAAGGAGGAAACACAAAAACAUACCACAACAGCAAUCACAUAAUCGAGGUGGCAGAAAUCAAUGUGGUUUUCGUAGCAAUCGACAGCAGUAUCUGCCACCAAAAUAUCAGAACCACCACCAACAACAAAAACAGCAACAACAUCCUCCACGGGAUCCGCAACAUCAGCAGCAGCAGCAACAGCAGCAACAUCAGUACGAACCAGUUCAUUACGACAGUACAGAAGUCAUGGGUGGAUGUCAGAGCGACAGGAGCAAAGCUCAUUUGAAAAUGCCUUCUCCGAUCAAAAUAAAAACAUACAUCACAAACUCUGGGUUAAGUAUCAUUUGCUAUACUGGCGACGUCAUCGCAGCUGGCGCUGAAGGAAUUGUAACUGCAGAAGGUUGUGGCAUGGUCAACCCCAGUAUGGUGACACAAUCGCUGUUAAAAAUGGCUGGCAUUGAUUAUGGUGACUUAUCCUCUGCUGUUAUUCAUAAAUUUGGUACAGUUGAUCUUCAGGUUGGAGAGGUCUAUUGCCUACAAACACUUGAAUACGAGAUUAAACUACAAUUCAAAUCAAUAUUUCUGGCUAUAGUUCUGCCAUUUAAGAAAGCUCCUAAUGAGUAUAGUUGGAAAAGCAACACGGUAACUCUGUACUUGAAACUUUUAAAUGAAGCUGACAAGAACGGUUUAAAAUCACUUGCCAUUCCUCUGUUGGGAUCAGGUAAGAUCCAGUUCUAA